CAGAGCUUGGCUUGGCUUGGCUGUCCCUGGGAGCGCUCUGCGAGAGGGAAUUGGGGGAGUUAGGGUUAGGGUUAGUGAGUAAGCGAUCGAUCAGCGCAGCGUCGUCCCGGCGUACUGAUGAUUUGGUGGAUACAUUCGCGAGCCGAGCCUAGAUUUGUAGAAUCUGGUCCUUUUUGCGCCACCGAUUCCUCCAUGGGCAAUCAGUCCUUUACUACAUUUGUGGCAGCGAUUUGUGGAGAUGUCGCAUUCUCCUGUUCCGGCCCCUUGGCGAGAGUUUUGAUAUGUGAGGCGCGCGAGCGAGAGUGAAAGCGAGAGCGAGAGAGAGAGAGGUCGAAAGAGAGAGCGAAAGAGAGAGCGAGAGGGAAAGAGAAAGAGAUUUUUGCUCUUGGCUCUCCCUUCCGCUAGAUCCUUGAUGAGGAGCUCCUAGGCAUCGAUCGCGCAGUCCUCGCGAAUUCCGCCCCCUCCCCUGGCCAUGGGCGAGGAGAAAUCCAAAUCGGGGCCGCCUGGCGCGGCGCUGUGCGGGAGAUGCCACGUCUCGGAGGAGCUGGAGCUGCAGGCCAGGAGCAUGAUCCUUGGUGGCUCUGGUGGCGGCGGCGACGCCGUGCCUCCUCCUCUGUGCAAUAGCCACAACAAGCAUUGCUGCUGCAAGCUAGGCCGGCACACCCCAACGCACACGCUCACGUAUGACGCGGAGCUCAUCGCCCUCGACCCCUUCAGCAGAUCCAAGAAGAUCCGGCGCGGCGCCAAUGGCCGAUUCGUUCCCAGCGACGCGAAGAUCCAGCACCCCGGCGGCGGCGGCGGCGGCGGCGGCGGCACCAAUUCGGAGCUUACGUCAACGGUAGUUGCCAUGGAAGUUGACAGCGGCGGCAAUUGGCUCGAGAGCGACGGCGGCGCUGGUGGCGGAGGAGAAUUGGCGGACAGCUCGCUCAUCCCGGGGCUCGGGGACGACGUGGCGCGCCUCUGCCUCGCCCGGCUGCCCAGAUCCUGCUACGGCCAGUUCUACACGGUAAGCAAGAGAUUUUGCUCGCUACUUAGGAGCGGGGAGCUGUAUAGCACGCGCCGCGGCCUGGGCAUCUCGGAGCAAUGGGUCUAUCUUCUCAACAGCGGCCAAUCCGUGUGGCGGGCCUUCUGCCUGGUCGAUGGCGGGCGAUGGCGGCCGCUCCCGCCCACGCCCUCGGAUCCAUGCUUCAAUAUGUGCGACAAGGAGUCGCUCACCGCAGGGACGCAGCUGCUCGUGGUCGGGCGCGAGAUCAAUGGCCACUGCAUCUGGGGCUACGAUCUCCUCACCGAUCGCUGGUUCCGAGCUCCACAGAUGAACACCCGGCGCUGCCUCUACGCCUCGGCCAGCUGCGGCACCCACGCGUUUGUCGCGGGGGGGAUCGACUCCACCACCCAGCUCGAGCUCCGCGCCGCCGAGCGCUACGACUCGUCGUCCGGGCGGUGGGAGGCGCUGCCGGACAUGAUCAAGCCGCGGAAGAUGUGCUCGGGGUUCUACAUGGAUGGCAAGUUCUACGUGAUCGGUGGCGCCAACGCCGCCAGCGCGGAGCUCACUUGCGGCGAGGAGUUUGAUCCCGACGCCGGGACGUGGAGGGAGAUCCCCGGGAUGUGUCCUGCCAGGAGCGAUACGACGAGCAACUCGCCGCCGCUGGUGGCGGUGGUGGACAACCAGCUCUUCAGCUUGGAUGCGUCGUCCAGGAAGCUCAAGCGGUACUGCAAGCGAUCGAACUCGUGGAGGGUGAUCGGCGAUGUUCCUGUCAAGGCGGACUCGAGCAGUGGGUGGGGGAUGGCGUUCAAGGCCGUGGAUGGGCAGCUGCUCUUGAUAGGCGGCGAUCGGAGGGACGGAGACGCGAUCUAUGCGUGGAAGCCGUGCGAGGAGGAGGGCGGCGCCGCUGUAAAUUGGAGGUUCAUUGCCGGAUUGGUACCACCGGGGACGUUCGUCUUCAACUGCGCGGUCAUGUCCGCGUGAGCUAGGCUCCGACCAUUAGAAAAAGGAGUUCUUCGGUCGAUCGAUUGCGAGGUUCCAUCUUUUUUGGUGGCGGAGUGGCGGUGGUGGAGCAGAGUUAAGUUCUUCCGCUUUUCUUUUUUCUCUUUUUCUCUUUUUUAUUCUUCGCUCAAAGUUUUCCAGGGGAUAGCUUAUAGGAUCAAUGACAGCACCAUUGGCUGCGCUGCUCAUCUAUAUAAAACCUCCAUCAAAGUGGAAUCCACUUUUUUUUAGUUUUCCCUUCUUUCCUGCUUGAGCUCGAUCGAUCGCGCGACUGUGAGACUAAAUUCGCGAAUCGAGCCAACCACUACUGCGAGGAUCCCCGUCCGUAUGCUGGCCACCAACCGUACGGCUGGCUGACAAAAACACCAAAACCAAAAGAAAAAACUUAGCGCGGUAAAAUCCACUUUUAAAGACCCAAAGACCUUUUAACAUCGCCUCCUCUCCGGGCAAAAUGGGUAAGUUUUUAGGAGGGUCUCGCUCACACGCCGGAGACGAUGAAGGACGAGCUCGAGGAAUCGAGGAGUAGUAGCAGCGGCCAUGGCGGAUCCGGGAGCCCUAAUCCUGCUCGAAGAUCCAUGGAAUCUAGUAACAGUGCCCACGGAGCGAGAUCUCCCUUGCAUCCCAGAGCAGGAGCAGCGGGCAGUGGAGCUAGAAAGCCUCCGGGCGAGGCCACUCCCACCAGGAAAUCCCACAGUCGAUUCGUGGAUCCACCGGAGCGCGUGGCGGCGCCGCUGCCCAAGUUCGGGCAAUGGGACGUGAACAAUCCCUCCUCGGCCGACGAGUUCUCGGCGAUCUUCGAGGACGCUGUGGUGGAGAAGAGGGGCGAUUCCAGAGGGGGAGGGAUUGCGUAUGGCUACUCCGACCGCGAUCGCUCGUCGUCUUCGUUUGACAGGAAGAAGCCCAAAUCGAUCACGGAACGAUUGUGCUGCUGCUUCACGCCGAGAAUUGGCUAGGUUGGGGAAAGUUUGUGGAGUUUUCUCGGUUUUUAGGAUACUAAAAAAAAUGUAGCAACGGUCAAGUGGCACGUCAUUUGCCACGUGUGAUUCCCCCCAUUCCCAUUUUGAAUGCUCCUCCCUCCCUGUGUAAUUGCUCCAUCCAGCCGCUAGAACCCUAAUCGCGGGGGAGCUCGACCGCAUCCAUGCCGAACAAGGCGUCCUCCUCGUCCUCCAGCGGCCGCCACAACAAGGUAUUCGUGCUGCAGAGGAGUCUAGGGAGCUCGCCGGUGCUGGAGGGAAGCUAUGGCGAGCAAAUCGGGAUCCCUGGGCACCAGAGCGGCCUCGUCGGGGUCUAUGUCUCGGAAGAACAGGCCUACGCCGCCGUGAUCCAGCGCCAGGUCGCCGGGAUGGAGCAGAUCGCCGGGAGCAUGCUCACGGAUCUCCGCAAAGUGGUGUCGGUCAAGGGGCUGUCGUUCAAGGAGCGCUACAAGAAGAUGCUCGAGUGGGUUCGCGACUGCGAUUGGUACAGGGUCGCCGACGCCGUGAGCUUCCAGAUCAAGGAGUGCCCGCUGGUGCCGUUUGAGAAGGUGAACGAGUCCAAGCUCUUCGAUGGCGUCCAGGAUCUCCAGUCGGCGGUGUCUGACAAUGGGUCUUUCGUGGACGACGAGGAGGACGAUGAGCUCUACGACGAGGCUGGUGUUGGCGGCAAGGGAGGAGGAGCCAAGAAGAGGAGAUAUGCGCACUACUAGCUCAAGGUGCCGUAUUGCAUUUCUUCUUGGAUUGUUUUUCUAGCUUUUUAGCUUCCUUUCCUCUGUUUUCUCUCAUGCUUUGCUGCUUGCAAAGGUCAUGACACAUUCAUAGCUAGCUAGAAUUGUUUGCCUCGCUCAGUUGGAGCCAGCGUCCACAGUUGAGUGAGGCAUUCCAGUGUUCUUUCUAAGAUGCAAUGCAAGUUGUGCUCUUAAUUUA